AUGGAUCGUCCAAUAUAUGUGGGUCUGCGAGAUGGGUUGAAGAAGGCUGAUAAGAUCGAGCUUCCUGGGCAGCCGGAGAAGGCCGCCUUUGAUCAGUAUGCCGGCUAUGUCACGGUUGAUGCAACAUCUGGGAAGGCCCUCUUUUACUACUUUGCAGAGGCUGCUAAAGAUCCAUCUACCAAGCCAUUGGUCCUGUGCCUACUAACCAGUUGUAUGUGUCUACCAAAAAGGGAUGGGAAGAUUGCCCUGACCAUCCAUUUGAUACAAGCAUGA